AUGGAUGCGUUAGCACUGAAGACGGAUGCUGGACAUCGUCUUCUCGCACGAUACCGUAGGAUGCAGAACAGCAGGGAUCUGGAUCAAUCCAUCAACCACUUUGAACGGGCCUCGAGUCUCUGUCCCAUGAACCAUCCCUACCGCCCUGCAGUACUGUUCAAUCUAGCGACCGCAAAGUUUCAUAGUUGCCAAGCUAACGGAAGAUACCUCGACCUUGACAUCCCCAUCUCUCUUUUCCAAGACGCACUUGAUUUGCGUCCCACUGGUCAUCCAGACCGACCCAUCACCCAGCUCCAUCUUGCCAUUGCUCUUUUCUCUCGCUUCGCAAAACGGGGGCAUGAACCGCGUGACUUAGAUGAAGUGAUAUCUCUUCACUACGAUGCUCUGGGAUACUACAACACUGGACAUGCUUGCCGAGGGCAAUUGCUAGGGGAUCUGGCUAUAUUGCUGGUCACUCGUUUCGAGCGUCGAGGUGACGACGAAGACUUGGAUAAGGCCAUCGCACUUCAGAUGGAGACACUGACCUUGCAGCCGGUCGGUCACCCAAAUCGGUUCAUAUCAUUGAAUAACCUUGCAAAUCUACUCUCUACCCGCCUUGACCUCCGAGGAAACGAUGAAGAUUUGGAUCAGGCUAUCACACUUUAUAAGGAAGCUCUGGCAUUGCUCCCGGUCGGUCGUACAGAUCGGUGCAAACCGUUAUAUAAUUUGGCGAAUCAGCUGUCCACCCGUUUUCACCACCGAGGCAAUGACGAAGACUUAGAUCAGGCUAUCGCACUUCACAGGGAAGUGCUGGCCUUGCGUCCGGUCGGCCACACAGAUCGGCCCAAGUCAUUAAAUAGCCUUGCAGAUCAACUCUCCACCCGCUUUCACCACCGAGGCAACGACCAAGACUUGGAUCAGGCUAUUGCACUCCACAAGCAAGCGCUGGCCUUCCACCCACCCGGUCAUAUUCAUCGGUACAAAUCAUUAGAUCAACUCGCGAAUGGACUCUCCACCCGCUUUGAGCAUCGAGGCAAGGUCGAAGACUUGGAUGAGGCUAUCGCACUUCACAGGGAAGCGCUUGCCUUGCUCCCGAUCGGUCACACACAUCGGUACAAAUCAUUAAAUAACCUCGCGACUGAACUCGCCAUGUUCUUCGAGCACAGACGUAAGGACGAAGACUUGGAUGAAGCUAUUGCACUUCACAGGGAAGCGCUGGCCUCCCUCCCGGUCGGUCACACAGAACGGCCCUUGUUAUUGAAUAACCUGGCAAACCAACUCUCCACCCGUUUUGAGCAUCGGGGCGAGGACGAUGACUUGAAUCAGGCUAUCGCACUUCACAGGGAGGUACUGGCCUUAUUCCCGGUCGAUCACACAGAUCGGUCCGAGUCGUUAAAUAAUCUUGCGAUUGAACUUUCCACUCGCUUUCAGCACCGAGGCAUGUACAAAGACUUGGAUCAGGCUAUCAUGCUUCACAGGGAAGCACUAGCCUUGCGCCCGGUCGGUCACACACGUCGGUGGACGUCGUUAAAUAACCUUGCAACUCAACUUUCCUCCCGCUUUGAGCACCGGGGCGAGGAAGAUGACUUGGAUGAGGCUAUCGCACUUGACAGGGAAGCGCUCGCCUUGCUCCCUGUCGAUCACACAAGUCGGCCAUCGUCAUUAAAUAACCUUGCGAAUAGACUCUCCACCCGCUUUGACCACCGAGGAAAUGACCAAUAUAUGGAUGAGGCUAUUGCACUUCACAGGGAAGCGCUUGCUUUGCUCCCAGUCGGUCACACAGAUCGACCAUCGUCAUUAAAUAACUUGGCGAAUCAACUCUCUUCCCGCUUUGACCAACGACGUAACGACGAAGACUUGGACGAGGCUAUCGCACUUCGCAAGGAAGUGCUGGCCUUCUCCCCGGUCGGUCAUACUGAGCGGUCUAUAUCAUUACAAAACUUCGCCACUCAACUCUCCGUCCGCUUUGACCACCGAGGUAACGAUGAAGACCUGGAUCAGGCUAUCGCACUUCACAGGGAAGCGCUGGCCUUGCGUCCGGUAGGCCACACUGGUCGGCCCUUGUCAUUGAUUAACCUUGCAAAUCAACUCUCCACCCGCUUUGAGCACCACCAUAAAAGAGAAGACCUCGAAGAGUCACGAGAGAACCUAUGCAGCGCAUUGGCUCUAUUGACGCAACAUGAUCCUCGCCAAUCAGUAGUCCAUGCGUCCAUCGCACGGGUCUAUCUGAUAUUCAAUCAUUCAGGGCUCCACAGCAUUGGCACGGGUGAAUAUACGGACAAUCUCGAGACUGUCAUGCAUCAUCUCAAGGCAGCAGCAAAUGUUGUCUCUGCAGGUGUGCUACCCCGCCUGCGAGCAAGUCUACGCUGGGUUCGCCGUGCUGAUCAACACCGUCAUGGCAGCCAACUGGAGGCUUAUACGACUUCCAUGCAACUGCUCGAUGCUUAUAUGUCCACGACGGCUUCGGUAUCGUCUCGUCACGAUAUCAUGAAAGACUUCCCAAGUACACUUGCCGUUGAUGCUGCAUCGUGUGCUCUUCGUAGCGGCGAUGUGUGUCGUGCUGUCGAGCUGUUGGAGCAAGGCAGGACUAUCAUCUGGACCCAGAUGACACGACUCCGCACCUCUCUCGACAACCUUCAGACUCACGGCGAUCAUGCAGUGGCCCUGAUGAAGAGAUUCCGAGACCUCAGCUCCCUCCUCGAUAAACCUCCUGAAAACUAUUUAGAAGCAACCCCAAGAGUCGAUGUAGAAGCAGAAGAAUCCCGGUACAGACGUCUAGUGGAGGACUGGGAUAGAGCCGUAGAAGACAUUCGAAAGAUCGAAGGCUUCUCUCGCUUCCUCCUUCCCCCCUUAUUCUCCGAUCUCCAAGAUGCAGCUCGUGAUGGGCCUAUCAUCGUGCUCAUCGCAAGCGAGUCGUCUUGUCACGCCAUUAUCAUCCCGCACAAGCGAUCUCCAACUAACAUUCAACUCCCCACCGAUUUGCAAAAACUCACCAAAUUGGUGCUCGCACUGCGAGAGGCAGUUAAAAAGGAGGCUGGUCCUAAAGGGAAUCAAACAGCGCUGAUAAAAGCUUUGAGAGAGUUGUGGGAGAUGGUCGUCUGCCCAGUGGUCGAGAAUCUGGAUGGAUUUGCACGACGAGGUUCUCGAAUAUGGUGGUGCCCAACAUCUCUCUUGAAUUUCUUGCCGUUACACGCUGCUGGCGAGUACAGGGCAAAGGGAAAGUCCCUUUCGCAGCAGUAUAUCUCCUCAUACACGCCAUCGCUCACCGCGCUGAUCAAGGCUCGCAAAAGUCAUGAUAGGUCCCCGUCAGUUCCCUUCGUUGCCAUUGGUCAGGAUUUCCCAGCCGGUGCCUCAUUCAUUUUGGAUGCUGUGGAGCCUGAGCUGGAAUUGGUGCAGCGGCUUGUGUCUCAUCCCUCAACUAUUUCCUUCUCCAAGAUAACCAGUGUUGAUGCCACGAAAUCGAGAGCACUGUGCGCAUUGCGGGACAAUACUUGGAUUCAUCUUGCGUGUCACGGGACACAGAGAUUUGACGAACCCUUCAAGUCGGCCUUUCUUAUGCGCGACCAGCCGCUUUCACUUCUCGAUAUCACGCAAAUGGAUCUAUCUCGGCAUGAAUUUGCAUUUCUUUCUGCCUGUGAAACCGCAGUCGGUGCCUUUAGCACGCCCGACGAAGUGAUACACCUCGCGGCUGGCUUGCAAUUCGCCGGGGUUAAGAGCGUCGUCGGGACAUUAUGGAAUGUCAACGAUAAUACCGUGCAUCGCUUAGUAGAGGCAUUUUACAAAAACUUUUGCGGCGAUGGCACGAUCAAUUCCAAACGAGCUGCUCGGGCGCUGCACCGCGCGGUCCAAUCGUUGGCUUGUGACACGGACAUGCCCUUGGACCAGCGCAUAGUGUUCGUGCACAUUGGCAUAUGA